AUGCUCGCAACCCCCAUGACCCCGCAAGCAUCCCACCCUUCGUCUUCUUCCUCCAACAUGGUCUGCAGUCUGGCUUCGACUGCGACCACCAACUCCUCCUCUUCCUCCUCAUCCGCCAGUUCCACACAACAAACUACGAUAUCAUCCCGACCGAAGUUGACUCUCCAAACUUCCUCUCUUCCCCGAACCUUUGGCACAUCGUCAACGGGACUGUCCCUCUCUCUCGCAACCGGAACGGCAUCUCCAACCGUCCGCAAUACCUUCAAAAAUGCCUACGAGGUCACCGGCCCUUCAUCCGCCACUGCCUCUCCGUCAUCCAAACACCCAUCCAACCAACGUUUCAGCAAACCAUCCUCUCCAUUUACCACACACAACCCAUACCAACUCCCACUGGGGGUGAAGAGUAUCUUGCGAAACUCGCCGCUCGAGCCGACCUGCCGCCGACGGGCUGGAUCGGUGGCCACUACCGGGCCGAAUGGUGGACCGAGCGCGCGCCGCGUCUUCUUUCCCGCGAAGAAGCAGGUCAGCUAUCGCAAUCCCUUGGAAGAGGAAAUUCAGACCGUGCACUACACGGCACGCCACUCUGAUUUACACGAUGAUCCCGAGCCUGCACUCCAACCUCAACCUCAGCAACCAGAGGUGACCUCAUCAGAUGAGGACUCGGAUUCCAACGCCAGCGGGUGUCCCUCGGAUUCCAGCACUUCCGAAGAUGAGCCCGAGGCCGGCUUAGGGAAAAAGACAUCGUCUCCCAUUAAGCGGAAGAAGCGCAAACAUUCCAAUGCCGAGAGGCAAGUCCGGGCAGUGGCCUUGAUGGACGGAAUCGCGGGACCCAGCAACCCAGGCAGCCUGACACCACAAACGCCGCGCAGGAAGCGAGCUAAACGUCGCUGCGAAUGGCGAUGGACCCUGGGACCGUUAGAGAAUCGUGACAAACUGCUUCAUCCCGCCCAGGAUGAGACGGGCUCAACAUCAUCCGUGUCCCAGCCUGAAACGAUACCGCACGAGUCCGAAACGGAGACCCCGUCCUCCGACCCUCCGCUGUCCAGCGCCAGUACCACACUCUACCACUCCAGCCCCAGUUCAUCUGUCUCGUCGGAUGUGGAAACGGUAAAUGACGAGUGGCAGACGCACACCACCCACGAACUUGAAUGCGCACAUGCCGAUCAAUGA